AUACUUUAUGAUUUAUUUAUGUUUAUUUUGAAUUUUCUUUUAUUAGUUAUUUGUGUUUUAAUUAGUGUUGCUUUUUUAACUUUAUUAGAGCGUAAGGUUUUAGGUUAUAUUCAAAUUCGAAAGGGUCCAAAUAAAGUAGGUUUUGUCGGAAUUCCUCAACCCUUUAGCGAUGCUAUCAAGUUAAUUUGUAAGGAGCAGCCAAUUCCUAUUAUAUCUAAUUAUUUACUUUAUUAUUUUUCUCCUGUUUUUAAUUUAAUAAUUUCUUUGGCUGUUUGAGUGAUUUUUCCCUACUUAACUUAUAUAUGUUCUUUUUCUUAUGGAUUUUUGUUUUUUUUAUGCUGUACUAGAUUAGGUGUUUAUACUGUUAUAAUUGCUGGUUGGUCUUCUAAUUCAAAUUAUUCUUUAUUAGGUUCUCUUCGUUCUGUUGCUCAAACAAUUUCAUAUGAAGUUAGUUUGGCUUUAAUUUUAUUAUCUUUAAUUAUUUUAAUUGGUAGUUUUAACAUGUUUGAUUUUAUAAACUAUCAGCUUUAUUGUUGAUUUAUUAUUAUUUCUUUUCCUUUAGCUUUAGCUUGUUUUGCUUCUUGUUUAGCUGAAACUAACCGUACUCCUUUUGAUUUUGCCGAGGGUGAAUCUGAGUUAGUUUCAGGAUUUAAUAUUGAAUAUGGUGCAGGAGGUUUUACUUUAAUUUUUUUAGCUGAAUAUACUAGAAUUGUUUUUAUAAGAAUGUUAUUAGCUUUAAUUUUUUUAGGUGGUGAUUUUUAUUCUUUUAUAUUUUUUAUUAAGCUUGCUGUUAUGUCUUUUGGUUUUAUUUGAGUUCGUGGCACAUUACCACGUUUUCGUUACGAUAAGUUAAUGUACUUAGCUUGAAAAAGUUUUUUGCCAUUAUCUUUAAAUUUUUUUAUUUUCUUUGUUGGUUUAAAGAUUUUAUUUAUUUCAUUUAUUUAG